UAGUAAAAGACACCCCACUACGUCUCAUUGAUGGAAUGGGGCUUUUCCCUUUACGUCUCAUUGAUAGAGUGGGGCUGCUCCUACUAUGUCUCAUUGAUGGAGUAGGGGUUCCCCCACCAUGCCGCACUGAUCGUAGUAAAGCUUGCACGUGCAGACGUAAAUAAUUAUACAUUUUCGCGAGUGAGUGUUGUGUUAAUGCUGUGAAGAACAAGAGAGGAGGAGAAAAUUCCCGAGAAAGUAUCAGACAGAGCAACAUUAGGAGUAACGCUCUAAUAGCAUAUGUGAAACCUAUAAAAGCAUUUCAAGAACUCCAUGAAUAAUAUAUUCCUCGUAAUAUCGGCAAAAUGCGAUUUUGCUUUUCUCUAGACGCACGUCGAUGAGAAUAAAAUGAGAAAUGAGAUUCGCUGAUAACUCGACUAACUGGAAAUCGACUUACUCGCGCACAGGAUGUUCCACAUGCGAUUCUAAUAUCAGGACUACAAUUAUACCUCGCAGGCACCUUUCACAUUUGUGCAUAAAACGGAAGAUGAAGAAAGGUGAAACUAACAUUAUCAGAUGAUUAGGCCUCGAUGCAACAGGUGUCCUAAAACAUCUGUCAUCUGAGAUCUCUUCGACAAGAUUCGGCUUCGCCGAUCAGUAUCUCGGCGCCUAUCUUUCCCUCGGAAGGCGCGGUCGCCGGUGUUCGAAUCUCCCUCUCGCGUUGCUAGGAGGCGGUAAAGAACGAGGACGCCCGAGGGACGGCAAGAUGGCAAGCAGGAACGAAGGAGUCGCGUGCUGAAAAGGGACGAGGACGCACCGCAACGCAAACGAGAGGACUUUGGAGACAGGCCUCCCCCCGUAAGCGGUGAUCAACGGUGUUGUGUCUGGGUGUCAUCGAAUCGCACGAGUGUCACGGGAUUUUCGUUCGCUUCCGCAUCGCAGUUUCCGAUCCUCUUCUACGCGUCCGUCGGCUUUUCGGGAUCGGAUAAAGCGCGCCGCCGCUGCCGCGCCGGUCGAGACGAUGUGAGCGUAUAUACACACGCGAAGUGAAAAAGAGCGCGAGGGGUGGGGAGGGGUAGGUUCUUCGGUUAUCAGAGAGAGGGGGAGGGGGAGAAGGGCGCUCCAGCUCGGCGAACGGAACGGCCGGCGGCAGCGGAUGCUCCAUCCUUUCUCGGCUCCGACGAGGCCGGCCCGAUCGACGUCAAACAUGCGGCGACGAAUUUUGCCCGCGAGCAGCUCGACGACGACGACGACGAGGAAGUCGAAGAAAACGAAUCGACGACGGCGCGCCUCGGCCGCCGCGCUCCUCUGCCAGUGAAACAACUAUAUACAUACAAACGAGAGCGCAAACACAUACACACAUACGUGUCGUUGCCGAUGAGCGCGGAUAUAUGGCGGCGCGAGUUCUCUUGCUGAGCGUCUUGAUUACGGAAGUGCUGAAGCCAGCUUGUGCCGCAGGUGUUAAGGGUAUUGGAGGAAACAUCAGUGAUAGGAACGUGUCUAAACCAGAUAGUUCUGAUGUUGGUUUAACUAAUGAGUCUGGAUUAACACUGGAAAUUCAACCUAGUGGCCAUGUGAUACUAGGAAAAAAGGGAAUCACGCUUAGUUGUAUAGCUGGGUCAAACGAGACUAUAUUUUGGUUGCACAAUGGAAUACCAGCACCUCCAUGUGGUCUUACUCGCUGUGUUCUUCUUUCCAAUGGCUCUCUUCACUUUUACAAGAAACAAAAUUUUCAAAUGCAAAAGUUCAAAGAAAAGGAAAGGAAUAGUAUUGUUAAUGCUAAGAACCACAAUAAGGAUGAAUAUCGUUGUGUAACACUUACCAGGUUUGGAGGUUUAAAACGGUCAGCUCCUACAUUUAUUCAAAUAGCAGAGUUUGCACAUGCAUUUAAAGAAUCUCCAGAAAAUAUUACUGUUCAAGAAGGUGAAGUUGCAAGAUUGUCUUGCUUGAUAGACAGCGUUCCUUUCCCACCCAAUAUUACGUGGCAGCAUAAUGAAACAUUGUUAUCUUAUCAUAACGAAUCAAAGUAUUCUAUGAUACCACCAGGUGUUCUGUAUAUAAGUGCAACGAAACUAUCAGAUGCUGGCUCAUACAAAUGCAUAGUCACAAAUGAAUUUUUAAAGAAGACCAAAAAGAGCAGAGAAGCAAAACUAACAGUUAUUUCAAGAGCAGAUGGUAACAGAUCGCAUACUCCGUCAUUCUUAUUUCCACAGACUUCAUACAAUCAUUGGCUACUCAAUGGAUCAAAUCUUAAUCUGGCAUGUGCUGCAUCUGGUUAUCCAUCACCACUUAUAACAUGGUCAUUUAUUCCUCGUUAUAUAGAUAAUGUUACACAACCUCGUAUCCUUUUUAAUUCUACUAAUGGCAUUGCUAUACUGUCAUUAACAAAUGUAAAUGUUUCCAAUGCUGGUAUCUACUUGUGUUCUUCAAAAAAUAUGAUCACCAAUGAUUUAGAAAUACAGAAUAUAACUGUAGACAUAUUGGUACCACCAUCAUUUAUAAAAACGCCGACGAACCAAAUCUGUCCAAAUGGAAGAACAGCGAGAUUUGAGUGUCAGGCACAGGGAUCACCCUUACCUCAAAUUUAUUGGCUGAAAGACGCAAUGAAUAUUACUAGCAAUGGUCGCAGAACGACUUAUGAUAAGGAAAACAAUAAGAUAGAAUUAGCAAUAUCAGCGACAGUACCAUCUGACUCUGGCAUAUACCAAUGUGUAGCGGUGAAUUCAGCGGGUGAAAUUUGGGCCGCUGGUCGGCUGCAAGUAAAUACGUCGCGUAAUAGUCCCGCCGCACCCACUUCUCUAAAAUGUCACGCUGUUUCACCAGUUAGAAUCUUAAUCUCGUGGGAACCACCAAAGUCUCUACCAUAUACCAGUAUUACAGCUUAUACCGUCCAUUAUAGUUCUGUAGAAGGUGGUAAGGAAGAAGUCUCUCCACCAGAACCAGGAAAUUCUACAUCUGUAGAAGUAACAAAGCUUCUUGAACCGUUUACAAAUUACUCGUUCUAUGUACGAGUGUGGAAUAAUUAUGGUGCUAGCGAUCAAUCGGCUACCAUUUUGUGUUCCACAGCUCCAAGUGUUCCUAAAGCCGCACCAAAAAUGAAUGUGGAUAUAAUCAGUAGUACAAAACUAAAUGUAUCAUGGGAGCCUUUGAGUAAAAAGGAAUCUCGCGGCAUUGUAGUGGAAUAUAAACUACAGUGGAGACUUCAUCAGCAUCCAUAUUCCAGAAUACUUUAUCUACCUGCCACUAUUGAGUACUACAUACUUUUAGAUCUGAUACCCGGAGCACAAUAUGAUCUUCGAGUAUUGGCAAAAACAAAACAAGGCUGGCCAAAUAUUAGUGAAACACAAUUGAAAUGGAUUACUGUGACCAUGCCAUCUCCUGAAUCUAAUCAAUUUACUAUAAGGAAUAUUGUGGAUAUUCAAGUAUUAAUUGUAAACGCUUCGAUAAUUAAGAUGAAAUGGAAAAUUAAUUUCAAGCAAAAUGAUCAAAUUGAAUCAAAAUUUGAUUCUUGGCAAAUUUAUUGUGAAAAUCAAGAUGGCGAAAAAUUAGCUACUAUUCUUUUGCCACAAAACAUUACUGAAUAUCUGUUUACUGAUCUUGAUAUGAAUAUUUCUUAUACCAUGGGUUUGUGCAUGGUGAGCUUGGGCGAAGCAACAGGUUGCUUGACAAAACAUAUAGAGACUGCACAAUUCAAUGCUAAUACCAUACAAAUGGCUUUGGAGGCUAUUCCUGUCUCACCUACGUCCAUAAAUGUAACAUGGACAUUGUCUGAUGUUCAUAGCAUAGAUUCAUUUGAACUUUGUUAUCAUGCAGUGCAUGCGCUAAUUUCGGACAAUUCGGAAUGUUUUAUUAUAGAUGAUACAAAAGUAAACGUUGACAAACUGAAGCCUUUUACCUUAUAUCAGUUUAAAGUAAGAGCUAUUAGACAUGACACCAAUCAAACUAGUCUCUAUAGUGAAUCUAUAGAGUGUUACACAAAUGAAGAUGUUCCUGGUAAAGUCGAAGAGGUACAGUGGUUCUUGGGUAACAAUACGAAGGUACGAAUCGCAUGGAAGGAACCGAGCAAUGUGAAUGGUAUCAUACAAAAUUAUUUCGUCGCGUACACUAUGGACUUGACGGCGACAUGGGGCAACGUGACUGUACCCGGUAAUAAAACAUCAACGACUCUACCGAGUUUAGCUCCGGGCAAACGGUAUUUUGUUAUGGUACGAGCAGCGACGAAAGCCGGCUAUGGGAAACCGUCGGACCCUAUCAUUAUUAUUACUGGAGGUAGUAGUGGUGGAAGUAGUGGUGGAGUGUCGAAAGUCCCCAACCCGUCCGGCAAGGAGGAUAAGCCACCACAAAACCUCAAGCCUGAUCAAAGUCUAGGUGUGAUUCUCGGAGUCAGCAUAAGCAUCGGAUUUAUCGCGAUAUGUCUAUGCAGUAUAUAUUGCCGGAGAAAGUUCGAGAAUUCUCGCUUGUUGAGAAACGGUACUCAGCCUACGAAUGGGCGUGUGCUGUCGCGAAACGGGAACAGAUGUUGCGCGGAGCAAUCCUCCACUUCCGUAAAUCAACAAGCGAAUGCUACCAGUGCCUCGAACGAAAUUGAAUUAGCAGUGCUAUGCCCAUCAUCUCCGCUCGAAACGAAUCCGCAUUCCGAUGCAAAGGGUGCACAAUCUAAUGGAGUUUUUGAAAUUUGUGCAAAGGAACCCUUACUAUCGCCAUGGGAAGUAAAUGGAGGCUCGAAAGAUGUUCAUAUUAUGGAAAACCCUCAGUACAAAAGAAGAGGCAGUUCCGCCUCGAAUAAUCAACAAGAAGAGGAGGAGGAACAAGAUUUGGAAGGCACGCAGCUCACAAUGGUCAAUUGUACUUUAGGCAGUAGCACUAGCAGUUUAAAUAACAAUUCAGGAUGUCCGGACGGAGAGACUUCAUCAUCGUCAAAAGCCCCGUGCGCAUCUGUUCCGGCACUCGGACCAAACGGGUGAAAAUACGUUAGGCGAAACACUUAGGUGUUCAAUGCUUCGCACCGGUAUCGAGGUAUGCAGUAAGUAGGAAUACCUAUACUUCUGUUUCCUCCUCCCUUAUGGUUGACACAUCAAUCGUUCCGAAUCAAUAUUGCGAGAAAACAGAAAAAAUGAAUUUUUCCACGAAAGCGAAAGCAAUGCAAAACUGUAACAACCUGUGCAAAGUUCGACGCGACUUGUGUUAUGCAAGAAAGAGUAUUGUCUGAUACGCGAUCAAUGUAAAAAUCCGCGUCCAAUUUUAGGGCGUUAGUCGGGCGAUGUAUGGCUCGCGGACUGGCAGUCGCCAGAUCCCGAGUUCGAUCCCAUAUCCCUCUUAGGAGAUUUUUCGAAAAUUGAAAUUUCUCAGCAUAUGAGUAAAAAUGCACAUAGGAACGUAACUAUUCUAACCAGUUGAUGGCCGUAUGACAGAUACACGUCGGAGCCAAUUCAAAUACAAAAACGCAAAUCAAGGUAUUAAUCGCCGUUGUACAAAUACAUAUGAACAAGAUACAUUUAUUGUGCGCAAAGAAUAAGGCAAAUGUCUGCGUAAGCAAUUUCCAAUAAAAGUAACAUGAUUCUCAAAUUCUUGCUUUGCAUUGUUACGUUGCAAUGCAUUGAUCGUGUAGACGAUACUUGAAACGUUUACCGGAUUCGUUUAUAUAUAUGUAUACACAGAUUGAUUCAAAAUACCUUUGGAGGAUUAGUAGAGGAUGUAACAAAUUACAUAUUUUUAAAAAUAAUUAAUGGAUUUAUGCGAAAAUAAUUACAAAAUUAAACUAAAGCUAAUUAAUAAAAGGAUUAAUUGAUAACAUCUCUUGAAACUUUUAUUUUAAGUAAUAUAUGUGUUGUGUGAAUAGAAUAAUAUUUUUUAAUCAAUAUAACAUUUCUGCAUAAGUCUUUAAAAAAUGCUUAAUUUGUUAUUUUCUAUCAAUUGUCAAUAUUUGAAUAAUUCUGUGUGUAUAAAAUUAAAUGAACAUGUCAACAUUAAGAGACGCGCAAACAUAAUAAAUUGGAAUAAAAUAGUAAGUUUCCAAAUGCCUCUGUACAUAGGAUAGAAUAAUUGUUAAUUGUGAAUAUGUUCAUAAAAAAAUAUCACACUUUGAAUACUGGUAUAAUAGAAAUAUGAACGUGCAUUCCUUCGCGUUUGGGAACAUAAAAUUGCUAAAUAUGCCGGGCAAAGCAUGGCCUAAACUCAGUUGACGAAUUUUCGUUCUGACAACAGUUUCGGAUUGACGAUCGCUUAAAAUGGGAAAGCGCAGAGACACUGAUCAUUCCAAAAUAAGUUUUCCAUUGAUAAUAUUUAAUUGUAAACAAGAGGAAAAAAUAUUUAGUAUUAAGAAAAUAGGGAAAGGCUCUAACCAGAUGCUACGCGUUUUUAGAAAUGUUAAGAAAAUUUUUUAUUUUGUGUUUUUUUUCUUUUUCUUUCUUUUUAUUUUAAUAUACCAUAUGUGUGUCAUUAAGAUGUCAUUUCUAUAUAAAAAAAGCAAACAUUGAUUUCUUUAAGAAAUCAGAAUUAAAUUUCUUUCACAUUUGGAGUUAGUGUGCAUAGCGAAUGAAAAAUAAUUUUUGUCGAGUGUAGCUUCCUAAAAUAUUUAAUGUAAGUUUAUAUUUUAGUUUAAAACGAAGUAUUGAUAUGUCAUACUUUAAAUUAGAGAAGGAUCCUAUGAAUGGGAAGAAUAUUUGGAAAGAUAAUUGUGCUCAGAAUUAUAAUUCAAAAUAAUUCAAAUUAUAAUAGCACAUAAAAUAGAGAUCAUCUCAUUUUUCACUUACUUCAUUUAUUUCUAUAAGAGAUCUUAAAGACUGUAUGUAUUAAUAGACGCGAUAUUUUUAUAAUUAACGGAGAUUAUUCCUCAGAAUAAUUUACGUAAGAUUUUUACAUAUUUCUUGGGCUUCUUUCCGUUCAUAAGAUUAAUAUCGUUUUUAAAACGAUUAGGUAAUCGAUAUAAUUAAACGUCAACAUUCUGUUGUACAAUAUUUAGCGUGUUAACUGGUAUAAAGCAGUUCUGUGUAUUACACAAAAAAGCAAGAAGCAGCAUUUUGAGACUAACAUACAAGACACAUAUUCCAGACUGGUGCAUGUUACCAUGACAGAAAAACCCAACACAGUACCUGAUAGAGAAUAAGCUAUAUCUUUUAGAGUGAGACGUAGAAAUGUCAAUGUUAUUACUGUACCUCCACUAAUUGUUAUUUAUUGCAUUUUACAUUCAGUAUAUAUACUUUAGAUGAACACAUUACACCCUGGAUCAUGCAAUAAUAUAGUCACCAUGAGCACAGUAUGAAAACAAAUAACGCUAGAAUUAAUUCGAUCUGCACAUAUAUUAAAAAAAAAAAGCUAUAUCAUAUCUUCAUUCCAUAGAAUAUUAUAUCGCAUUUUCAUAACAGAGUCUGUUAUGAAGUCAUUUAUAUAUAUAUAUAUAUAUAUAUAUAUAUAUAUAUAUAUAUAUAUAUAUAUAUCUCUAUAUAGGAAUAUAUAUAUAUGAAAAGUGUUCCGCGAAAAUAUAGUUUCAUUUUUUACUUGAAAGAAAAGAAAAGAUACCUUUGUUACUGCAGAUACUUCAUGUUUAAUGGAUAUAUUUAGUUAAUAACUGUGCACCAUGAUUUACUUAUUCUCCGUUUAUUGGACCCCCGCAAAUCAUUACAAUAGCUCUAUAUUUACAGAUCACAUACAGUUUUACAGGAAUAGAAAGAAUCGUUUUAUUUACACACAUGAAUACAUGGAACUUGUUAUAUGUAUUAUAAAUAUAAUUAUGAGAAUCUCACAGAUUGCAUAUAUACAUGAUAUUGAAUUUAUAUAAAUCUUAAAUAGUUCUUGCGCAGUAACUUUAUUUGUUGCAAAUGCGCGCGUUUACACAUUUUCAAUGUGUCUGGCUUACGAUUUUAUUUAAUUAAUAUGUUUUGCGUUUGU